CUAUCUGAAGUCUGAACUAACCCUAAUAAGAAGAGAGGUUCAAGAUAUGCGGCCAUGCACAGGUCUCUUUACUAGGAUUGGUACUGGCUUGUUGUUGAGACAAGUCUCUUGAUCGAAACCAUGUCUUCCGAUUCCGUCGAGGAACCCGCCAGGUCUCAUUGGAAUCAUCGUCACGUCAAGGUUAACAAGAACACAGGUGUGUUCUGGGACGUGGUGGAUUUCCCAAUCCCUACUGCUGAAUGUGAUCCUGAUUUGAUUUCUAAGAAGAUCAAAUCAGCUCUUGCUGAAAAGGGUUGUUAUAAUGGUCCUUUGUCAAUCUCGUUGUACGACACCGAAGAUGAGAAAACCCUUCUUCCCCCCUCCACGAAACAAGAAUUGAUAGAUAGAUACGAGGCUGCCGGGGUCAGUUUAAAUUUCGUACCCAAAGAGGAACAUGGAUAUGAGAGAGUUUAUAAGAUGUUAGUGGACAUUCUUUUGUGGGCAGUGAAUAGUCCUGCCUGUUCAAAUUUGAUUAUACUCUCAAAAGGAGCCAUCAAAGAAGAGAGGACCCUCGAAAUUAUUGAAAGUUUGUAUUUCGGGAGUUUUGAUGCCAAAGUUGUCUUACCAGAGCGUACAUCAGAAUUGAUGCCUUUUACUGAAAGCUCAGCAUGGCUUUGGGAGUUGCUUUGUGAUGGAGGCGGAAGCUCACAAUCUUGUGCUGAUACUGAUGCUGUUGGUCCAUCCGAGGACUAGCUAGGAAGCAAUUCUGAAGAGGAGGAGGAGACUAAUUAAUGUAUUUUCAUCAUGUUUAAUGUUGUUUAUGAACUGUGAUAUUGGAUUAUCUUUGGUAGUCUUUUCUUCCAUAAAACAAAAAUAAUAAUUGAAA